AGUGCGAAGUCGGCGGGCUCCGAGUGCGGAGCUGCAGCUGCCUUUUGCGGAGAAGAGGAAGCCGGAGGCAUGUCUGAUCCAGGCGGAGGAGGCGGCGGGGGAGGCGAGGACGGCGGGCUGGAGGUGCCCGGCUCGGCGGUGCAGAACGUGGCGGACGUCUCGGUGCUGCAGAAGCACCUCCGGAAGCUGGUGCCGCUGCUGCUGGAGGAUGGCGGCGAGGCCCCCGCGGCGCUGGAGGCCGCGCUGGAGGAGAAGGGCGCCGUGGAGCAGAUGCGCAAGUUCCUCUCCGACCCGCAGGUCCACGCCGUGCUGGUCGAGCGCUCCACCCUCAAGGAGGAUGUUGGUGAUGAAGGAGAGGAAGAAAAAGAAUUUAUUUCCUAUGGUAUAAGCACUGACAUUCAUUAUGGCAUAAAGUCAAACAGCUUGGCAUUCAUUAAGCGAGCUCCAAUAAUUGAUGCAGACAAGCCUGUGUCCUCGCAGCUCAGAGUUCUUACCCUCAGUGAAGACUCUCCUUAUGAAACUUUGCAUUCCUUCAUUAGCAAUGCUGUUGCUCCCUUUUUUAAGUCCUACAUCAGAGAGUCUGGUAAAGCAGACAGGGAUGGUGAUAAAAUGGCUCCCUCGGUUGAGAAAAAGAUUGCAGAACUUGAAAUGGGACUUCUGCACCUGCAGCAGAAUAUUGAAAUUCCAGAGAUUAGCUUGCCAAUUCACCCAAUUAUUACUAAUGUUGCUAAGCAAUGUUAUGAACGUGGAGAGAAGCCAAAGGUUGCUGACUUUGGUGAUAAGGUUGAAGACCCAACUUUUCUCAACCAACUGCAGUCUGGAGUUAACCGGUGGAUUAGAGAGAUCCAAAAGGUGACCAAACUAGAUCGAGACCCUGCAUCAGGCACUGCUCUGCAGGAAAUUAGCUUCUGGCUCAACUUGGAACGUGCUCUUUACCGUAUCCAGGAGAAGCGUGAAAGUCCUGAGGUUCUCUUAACCUUGGAUAUCUUGAAACAUGGCAAGCGCUUUCAUGCUACUGUCAGCUUUGAUACUGAUACAGGUUUAAAACAGGCGCUGGAGACAGUAAAUGACUACAAUCCAUUGAUGAAAGACUUUCCACUGAAUGACUUGUUGUCUGCUACUGAACUGGAUAAAAUAAGGCAGGCGCUAGUUGCAAUCUUCACUCACCUAAGAAAAAUCAGAAAUACAAAGUACCCAAUUCAGAGGGCACUGCGUUUAGUGGAGGCCAUUUCAAGAGACCUGAGCUCCCAGCUGCUCAAGGUUUUGGGAACAAGGAAACUGAUGCAUGUUGCUUACGAAGAAUUUGAGAAGGUUAUGGUUGCAUGCUUUGAAGUCUUCCAGACUUGGGAUGAUGAAUAUGAGAAACUGCAGGUCUUGCUCAGAGACAUUGUGAAAAGGAAGCGAGAGGAGAAUCUGAAGAUGGUGUGGCGCAUCAAUCCUGCUCACAGAAAGCUACAGGCUCGCCUUGAUCAAAUGAGGAAGUUUCGACGCCAACACGAGCAACUAAGAGCAGUUAUUGUGAGAGUGCUGAGACCUCAGGUGACUGCAGUAGCCCAGCAAAAUCAGGGAGAGGUGCCUGAACCCCAGGACAUGAAAGUAGCGGAAGUGCUGUUUGAUGCUGCUGAUGCUAAUGCAAUUGAAGAAGUUAACCUUGCCUAUGAGAAUGUCAAAGAGGUAGAUGGUUUGGAUGUGUCCAAAGAAGGCACAGAGGCUUGGGAAGCUGCAAUGAAGCGAUAUGACGAAAGAAUUGAUAGAGUUGAAACCCGCAUUACAGCUCGCCUGAGAGACCAGCUUGGCACAGCAAAGAACGCCAAUGAAAUGUUCAGAAUCUUCUCCAGAUUCAAUGCUCUGUUUGUCAGGCCCCAUAUCAGAGGUGCCAUCCGUGAAUACCAAACACAGUUAAUCCAGCGUGUGAAAGAUGACAUAGAGUCACUCCAUGACAAAUUUAAAGUGCAGUAUCCACAAAGCCAAGCCUGCAAAAUGAGUCACGUGCGAGAUUUACCUCCCGUGUCGGGGUCUAUAAUUUGGGCUAAACAGAUUGACCGGCAGCUCACAGCCUACAUGAAGCGUGUUGAAGAUGUUCUUGGGAAGGGUUGGGAGAAUCACGUUGAAGGCCAGAAACUAAAACAAGAUGGAGACAGCUUUCGUAUGAAGCUUAACACCCAAGAAAUAUUUGAUGAUUGGGCUAGGAAGGUUCAGCAACGUAACCUUGGCGUCUCUGGUCGCAUUUUCACCAUCGAAAGCACUCGUGUCAGAGGCCGAACAGGCAAUGUCCUUAAACUAAAGGUCAACUUUCUCCCGGAAAUAAUCACGCUUUCCAAGGAAGUCCGUAAUCUUAAGUGGCUUGGGUUCCGUGUUCCUCUUGCAAUAGUCAACAAAGCUCACCAAGCAAACCAGCUCUACCCUUUUGCAAUUUCUCUGAUUGAAAGUGUCCGCACAUACGAGCGAACCUGUGAAAAGGUGGAAGAAAGGAACACUAUUUCCCUCUUGGUGGCCGGUCUGAAGAAAGAGGUUCAGGCUUUGAUUGGAGAAGGCAUCGCUUUGGUGUGGGAAUCUUACAAACUUGAUCCAUAUGUCCAGCGACUAGCAGAGACUGUCUUCAACUUCCAGGAAAAGGUGGAUGACUUGCUCAUUAUUGAAGAGAAAAUAGAUCUUGAAGUCAGAUCCUUGGAAACUUGCAUGUAUGAUCACAAAACCUUCUCAGAAAUUUUGAACAGAGUUCAAAAAGCUGUGGAUGACUUGAAUCUUCAUUCAUAUUCCAACUUGCCCAUCUGGGUUAACAAGCUAGAUAUGGAGAUUGAGAGAAUACUGGGAGUUCGUUUGCAAGCCGGGCUGAGAGCAUGGACACAAGUACUCAUGGGCCAAGCUGAUGACAAGGCAGAAGUUGACAUGGACACAGAUGCUCCCCAAGUCAGCCAUAAGCCAGGUGGUGAGCCUAAGAUCAAAAAUGUUGUGCAUGAAUUGCGGAUAACUAACCAGGUGAUUUACUUAAACCCACCAAUUGAAGACUGCAGAUACAAACUUUUCCAAGAAUUGUUUGCUUGGAAGAUGGUAAUACUAUCCUUGCCUAGAAUCCAAAGUCAGAGAUACCAGGUGGGAGUACACUAUGAGUUAUCAGAAGAGGAAAAAUUCUACCGCAAUGCAUUGACCCGAAUGCCAGAUGGCCCUUCAGCACUUGAAGAAUCUUAUUCUGCUGUUAUGGGAAUUGUAACAGAGGUUGAACAAUAUGUGAAGGUUUGGCUGCAGUAUCAGUGUUUAUGGGACAUGCAAGCAGAAAACAUCUACAACCGCCUUGGCGAAGAUUUGAAUAAGUGGCAAGCACUUUUGGUCCAAAUAAGAAAAGCCAGAGGGACCUUUGACAAUGCAGAAACCAGAAAGGAGUUUGGGCCUGUGAUUAUAGACUAUGGAAAGGUACAAUCCAAGGUGAACUUGAAGUAUGACUCCUGGCAUAAGGAAGUACUCAGCAAAUUUGGACAAAUGCUGGGACAAAAUAUGACAGAGUUCCAUUCUCAAAUUUCCAAGUCACGGCAAGAACUAGAGCAGCAUUCGGUGGAUACAGCUAGCACAUCUGAUGCAGUGACGUUCAUCACAUACGUACAGUCAUUGAAACGCAAAAUCAAGCAAUUUGAGAAACAAGUUGAGCUGUACCGUAAUGGCCAGCGCUUGCUUGAGAAACAGAGAUUCCAGUUUCCUUCAUCUUGGUUGUACAUUGAUAACAUUGAAGGAGAAUGGGGUGCUUUCAACGACAUCAUGCGACGAAAAGACUCAGCUAUUCAGCAGCAAGUAGCAAAUCUGCAGAUGAAGAUUGUUCAAGAAGACCGUGCAGUAGAGACUCGCACAGUUGACUUAUUGACAGAUUGGGAGAAAACAAAGCCUGUGACAGGCAACUUGCGUCCAGAAGAGGCUCUCCAAGCACUGACCAUCUAUGAAGGAAAGUUCGGAAGACUGAAAGAUGACCGGGAGAAAUGUGCAAAAGCCAAGGAAGCUUUGGAGCUUACAGAUACAGGACUUCUCAGUGGCAGUGAAGAACGUGUGCAGGUUGCGUUGGAAGAGCUGCAAGACCUUAAAGGUGUUUGGUCUGAGCUUUCCAAGGUCUGGGAACAGAUUGAUCAAAUGAAGGAGCAGCCUUGGGUUUCAGUACAACCCCGCAAGCUUCGGCAAAGUUUAGAUGGCCUACUGAACCAACUGAAGAAUUUCCCUGCACGCUUACGGCAGUAUGCCUCUUACGAGUAUGUUCAGAGACUCCUGAAGGGUUACAUGAAGAUAAACAUGUUGGUGAUCGAACUGAAGUCAGAGGCGCUUAAAGAUCGUCACUGGAAGCAACUAAUGAAGAGGCUACAUGUCAAUUGGGUGGUUUCUGAACUAACUCUGGGGCAGAUUUGGGACGUUGACUUACAGAAGAAUGAGCUUAUUGUGAAAGAUGUCCUACUUGUGGCACAGGGAGAGAUGGCUUUGGAAGAGUUCUUGAAGCAGAUACGAGAAGUUUGGAACACCUAUGAGCUGGACUUGGUUAACUACCAGAACAAGUGCCGCUUGAUUCGUGGCUGGGAUGAUCUUUUCAACAAAGUCAAAGAGCACAUCAACAGUGUUUCUGCAAUGAAGCUUUCUCCGUACUACAAGGUGUUUGAAGAGGAUGCCCUGAGCUGGGAAGACAAACUAAAUCGUAUCAUGGCACUCUUUGAUGUCUGGAUAGACGUCCAGAGGCGCUGGGUUUACCUGGAAGGGAUUUUCACUGGAAGUGCAGAUAUCAAGCAUCUGCUGCCAGUCGAAACACAGAGAUUCCAAAGCAUCAGUACUGAGUUUCUGGCCCUCAUGAAAAAAGUGUCCAAAUCCCCUCUGGUCAUGGAUGUUUUGAACAUUCAAGGUGUACAGAGAUCACUGGAGAGAUUAGCAGACUUGCUUGGAAAGAUCCAGAAGGCUUUGGGAGAAUAUCUGGAAAGAGAGAGAGCUUCUUUCCCUCGAUUUUACUUUGUUGGGGAUGAAGACUUGCUCGAAAUCAUUGGCAACAGCAAAAAUGUGGCUAAACUGCAGAAACACUUCAAGAAAAUGUUUGCUGGAGUGUCCAGCAUCAUCCUGAACGAGGACAGCUCUAUCGUCCUGGGAAUAUCUUCACGAGAAGGAGAAGAGGUGCUGUUCAAAACUCCUGUGUCCAUCACUGAGCAUCCCAAGAUCAAUGAGUGGCUCACCCUAGUAGAGAAAGAAAUGAGAGUCACACUUGCCAAAUUGCUUGCUGAGUCCGUAACUGAGGUUGAGAUCUUCGGCAAAGCAACCUCAAUUGAUCCGGGAACCUACAUCUCUUGGAUUGACAAAUACCAGGCCCAGCUUGUUGUCCUUUCAGCCCAAAUUGCCUGGUCAGAAAAUGUGGAAUCUGCUUUGAACGGCAUGGGGGGCGGUGGAGAUAGCACUCCUCUGCAGUCUGUGCUGACCAAUGUCGAGGUCACCCUGAAUGUCCUUGCAGACUCUGUCUUGAUGGAGCAGCCACCUCUCCGCAGGAGGAAACUGGAACACCUGAUCACUGAAUUGGUGCACCAGAGAGAUGUGACCAGAUCACUGAUCAAAAGCAAAAUCGACAACUCCAAAUCCUUCGAUUGGUUGAGCCAGAUGAGGUUCUACUUUGACCCGAAACAGACUGAUGUGUUGCAGCAGCUGUCCAUUCAGAUGGCAAAUGCCAAGUUCAACUACGGCUUUGAAUAUCUUGGUGUUCAGGAUAAAUUGGUGCAGACUCCUCUCACUGAUCGCUGUUACUUGACGAUGACACAAGCUUUGGAAGCCCGACUGGGAGGCUCUCCAUUUGGGCCUGCUGGAACUGGUAAAACAGAAUCCGUUAAGGCUCUUGGACAUCAACUUGGACGAUUUGUUCUUGUUUUCAACUGUGAUGAAACCUUUGAUUUCCAGGCAAUGGGCCGCAUCUUUGUGGGUCUCUGCCAAGUGGGAGCUUGGGGUUGCUUCGAUGAAUUCAACAGGCUUGAGGAGCGAAUGCUUUCUGCUGUGUCUCAGCAGGUCCAGUGCAUUCAAGAAGCUUUGCGAGAACAUUCAAAUCCAAAUUAUGACAAAGCUGCCAACACCAUUACUUGUGAGCUGCUGAACAAGCAAGUAAAAGUGAGUCCAGACAUGGCAAUCUUCAUCACAAUGAACCCAGGCUAUGCUGGCCGGUCUAAUCUCCCAGACAACUUGAAGAAACUCUUCCGCAGCUUGGCCAUGACAAAGCCUGACCGCCAGCUGAUUGCCCAGGUCAUGCUGUAUUCCCAGGGAUUCCGAACUGCUGAAGUGCUUGCCAACAAGAUCGUCCCAUUCUUCAAGUUAUGUGAUGAGCAGCUGUCCUCUCAAAGCCAUUAUGAUUUUGGCUUGAGAGCCCUGAAGAGCGUACUGAUCAGUGCAGGCAACGUGAAGAGGGAAAGGAUUCAGAGGAUAAAACGAGAGAAAGAAGAGCGUGGUGAAGUUGUUGAUGAAGGGGAAAUUGCUGAGAACUUGCCAGAGCAGGAGAUCCUGAUCCAAAGUGUCUGCGAAACAAUGGUACCCAAACUGGUUGCAGAAGACAUACCGUUGCUAUUCAGUCUCUUGUCUGAUGUGUUCCCGGGCAUUCAGUAUCACCGUGGCGAAAUGACUGCCUUGAGGGAGGAGCUUAAGAAGGUCUGUCAGGAAAUGUACCUGACUUAUGGUGAUGGAGAAGACAUUGGCAGCAUGUGGGUGGAGAAGGUCCUUCAGCUCUACCAGAUCACCCAGAUCAACCAUGGCUUGAUGAUGGUUGGACCUUCUGGAAGUGGGAAGAGCAUGGCUUGGAGAGUGCUCCUGAAAGCACUGGAGAGGCUGGAGGGAGUAGAAGGCAUCGCCCACAUAAUUGACCCCAAAGCCAUCAGUAAAGACCAUCUCUAUGGCACUCUGGAUCCCAACACCAGAGAGUGGACGGAUGGGCUGUUCACGCAUGUCUUGAGAAAGAUUAUCGAUAAUGUGAGAGGUGAACUGCAGAAAAGGCAGUGGAUUAUCUUUGAUGGAGAUGUAGAUCCCGAGUGGGUUGAGAAUUUGAACUCUGUUCUGGAUGACAACAAGCUGCUGACCCUACCAAACGGAGAACGUUUGAGCCUUCCUCCAAACGUGCGUAUCAUGUUUGAAGUUCAAGAUCUGAAAUAUGCCACUCUGGCCACAGUGUCAAGGUGUGGCAUGGUCUGGUUCAGUGAAGAUGUGUUAAGCACUGACAUGAUUUUCAAUAACUUCCUGGCCAGACUGAGGAGCAUCCCUCUGGAUGAGGGAGAAGAUGAAGCACAGCGCAGGAGAAAGGGCAAGGAAGAUGAGGGGGAAGAAACUGCUUCCCCAAUGUUGCAGAUUCAGAGAGACGCAGCAACAAUCAUGCAGCCAUACUUCACCUCUAAUGGUCUGGUGACAAAGGCACUUGAACAUGCUUUCAAACUGGAGCACAUUAUGGAUCUCACACGCUUGCGCUGCCUUGGCUCUCUCUUCUCCAUGCUGCACCAGGCGUGCCGCAACGUGGCACAGUACAAUGCCAAUCAUCCAGACUUUCCCAUGCAAAUUGAUCAGCUUGAACGCUACAUCCAGCGAUUCCUAGUGUAUGCAAUUCUGUGGUCGUUCUCUGGAGACAGCCGCCUGAAAAUGAGAGCAGAGCUGGGUGAAUAUAUCAGGAGAAUCACAACUGUGCCAUUGCCUACUGCGCCAAACAUCCCUAUAAUUGAUUAUGAGGUCUCAAUUACUGGUGAGUGGAUCCCUUGGCAGUCGAAGGUUCCUCAGAUUGAAGUCGAGACUCACAAAGUUGCAGCUCCUGAUGUUGUGGUGCCAACCUUGGACACAGUCCGCCAUGAAGCCCUGCUGUACACCUGGCUGGCAGAACACAAGCCACUCGUUCUCUGUGGUCCACCAGGCUCUGGAAAGACCAUGACCCUCUUCAGCGCACUCAGAGCCUUGCCAGACAUGGAGGUGGUUGGAUUGAAUUUCUCCAGUGCUACUACUCCAGAACUCCUCCUGAAAACGUUUGAUCACUAUUGUGAAUACCGGCGUACACCCAACGGUGUGGUGUUGGCCCCAGUUCAGCUUGGGAAAUGGCUUGUGCUUUUCUGUGAUGAAAUCAACUUGCCAGAUAUGGACAAGUAUGGUACCCAAAGAGUUAUAUCCUUCAUUAGGCAGAUGGUGGAACAUGGUGGCUUCUACCGUACCUCAGACCAAACAUGGGUGAAACUGGAGCGAAUUCAGUUUGUGGGUGCGUGUAACCCACCUACAGAUCCUGGCAGGAAACCUCUUUCACACCGAUUCCUGCGCCAUGUUCCCGUUGUGUAUGUGGACUAUCCUGGGCCAGCUUCCUUAACUCAGAUCUAUGGCACCUUUAACCGUGCCAUGCUGAGGCUUAUUCCAUCUCUCCGCACAUAUGCAGAGCCUCUCACUGCGGCUAUGGUUGAAUUCUAUACAAUGUCACAGGAAAGAUUUACUCAAGACACACAGCCACACUACAUUUAUUCGCCCCGUGAAAUGACUCGGUGGGUGAGAGGUAUCUUUGAAGCUCUGAGACCACUGGAAACAUUACCUGUGGAGGGCCUCAUUAGAAUUUGGGCACAUGAAGCUUUGCGUCUCUUCCAAGACAGGCUUGUAGAAGAUGAGGAGAGACGAUGGACUGAUGAAAACAUUGACAUGGUAGCUCUGAAACAUUUCCCCAAUAUAGAUAAAGAGAAAGCAAUGAACAGGCCUAUUCUCUACAGCAAUUGGCUCUCAAAGGAUUACAUCCCAGUUGAUCAAGAAGAACUAAGAGACUACGUAAAAGCCAGACUGAAAGUUUUCUAUGAAGAAGAACUUGAUGUGCCACUUGUCUUGUUCAAUGAAGUUUUGGAUCAUGUCCUGCGAAUUGACAGGAUCUUCCGUCAGCCUCAAGGACACUUGCUUCUCAUUGGUGUUAGUGGAGCAGGAAAAACCACUCUCUCGCGAUUUGUGGCUUGGAUGAAUGGCUUAAGUGUUUACCAAAUCAAGGUCCACAGGAAGUACACCGGGGAAGAUUUUGAUGAAGACUUGAGAACAGUUUUGAGGAGAUCUGGCUGCAAGAAUGAGAAGAUAGCAUUCAUAAUGGAUGAAUCAAAUGUACUGGAUUCUGGGUUCCUUGAGAGAAUGAACACUCUAUUGGCUAACGGAGAGGUUCCUGGCUUGUUUGAAGGAGAUGAAUAUGCCACACUUAUGACUCAGUGCAAGGAAGGUGCCCAGAAAGAAGGCCUGAUGUUGGAUUCACAUGAAGAACUUUACAAAUGGUUUACCAGCCAAGUCAUCCGUAAUCUUCAUGUGGUUUUCACUAUGAACCCAUCUUCUGAAGGCCUGAAGGACAGAGCAGCUACAUCCCCAGCUCUCUUCAACAGGUGUGUCUUGAACUGGUUUGGAGACUGGUCAACUGAAGCACUCUAUCAGGUUGGCAAAGAGUUCACCAGCAAAAUGGACCUUGAAAAGCCAAACUACAUUGUACCAGAUUACAUGCCGGUUGUCUAUGACAAGCUACCACAGCCACCAUCACACAGGGAAGCUAUUGUAAACAGCUGUGUGUUUGUUCAUCAGACUCUUCACCAGGCUAAUGCUCGUCUGGCAAAACGAGGCGGCAGGACGAUGGCCAUCACUCCUCGGCAUUAUUUGGACUUCAUCAACCAUUAUGCCAACUUGUUCAAUGAAAAGAGGAGUGAACUGGAAGAACAGCAGAUGCAUUUGAAUGUUGGCUUGAGAAAGAUCAAGGAAACUGUUGACCAGGUAGAAGAACUGCGCCGUGAUUUAAGGAUAAAAAGCCAGGAGCUGGAAGUUAAGAAUGAUGCCGCUAAUGACAAGCUUAAAAAGAUGGUGAAAGAUCAGCAAGAGGCAGAGAAGAAAAAGGUUAUGAGCCAAGAAAUCCAGGAGCAGUUGCACAAACAGCAAGAAGGAAUUGCAGACAAGCAAAUGAGUGUGAAGGAGGAUCUGGAUAAAGUAGAGCCUGCCGUCAUCGAGGCUCAAAAUGCUGUCAAAUCAAUAAAGAAGCAACACCUGGUAGAGGUCCGUUCUAUGGCCAACCCACCUGGGGCAGUGAAGCUGGCGCUAGAGUCGAUUUGCCUGCUUUUGGGUGAAAGCACAACUGAUUGGAAACAGAUCCGCUCCAUCAUAAUGCGAGAAAAUUUCAUCCCAACUAUUGUAAACUUUUCCGCUGAGGAGAUCAGUGAUGCCAUAAGGGAGAAGAUGAAGAAGAACUACUUAUCAAAUCCCAGUUACAACUAUGAAAUUGUGAACAGAGCCUCUUUGGCCUGUGGCCCUAUGGUAAAAUGGGCUAUUGCUCAGCUGAACUAUGCUGACAUGUUGAAACGAGUGGAGCCUCUGAGAAACGAACUGCAGAAACUUGAGGAUGAUGCCAAGGACAACCAGCAAAAAGCCAAUGAAGUUGAACAGAUGAUUAGAGACUUGGAAGCCAGCAUUGCCCGCUACAAAGAGGAGUAUGCUGUACUGAUUUCUGAGGCUCAGGCUAUUAAGGCAGAUCUGGCCGCUGUGGAAGCCAAAGUCAACCGUAGCACGGCUCUCUUGAAGAGUCUGUCUGCAGAACGGGAAAGAUGGGAGAAAACAAGUGAAACCUUCAAGAACCAGAUGUCUACCAUUGCAGGAGACUGUUUGCUUUCAGGAGCCUUUAUUGCUUAUGCUGGCUAUUUUGACCAACAGAUGCGUCAAAAUCUCUUCACAACAUGGUCCCACCACUUGCAACAAGCAAAUAUUCAGUUCCGUACAGAUAUCGCCAGAACGGAAUACCUGUCCAAUGCGGAUGAACGCCUUCGCUGGCAAGCAAGUUCAUUACCUGCAGAUGACUUAUGCACAGAAAAUGCUAUCAUGCUCAAACGAUUUAAUAGGUAUCCCCUGAUUAUUGACCCUUCAGGGCAAGCUACAGAGUUCAUCAUGAAUGAAUAUAAGGACCGCAAAAUAACCCGUACUAGCUUUUUGGAUGAUGCCUUCAGGAAGAACUUGGAGAGUGCUUUGCGAUUUGGUAAUCCUCUGCUGGUCCAGGAUGUGGAGAGCUAUGACCCCGUACUGAACCCUGUGCUGAACCGUGAAGUCCGUAGAACUGGUGGCCGAGUUCUUAUUACCCUGGGAGAUCAGGACAUUGAUUUGUCUCCGUCUUUCGUCAUUUUCCUCUCCACAAGGGACCCAACAGUCGAAUUCCCACCAGAUCUCUGUUCCCGAGUGACAUUUGUCAACUUCACAGUAACACGCAGCAGCUUACAGAGCCAGUGUCUGAAUGAGGUACUCAAAGCUGAAAGGCCAGAUGUGGAUGAGAAACGCUCUGACCUUCUCAAACUUCAAGGUGAAUUCCAGCUGCGCCUGCGACAGUUAGAGAAAUCUCUCCUGCAAGCCCUCAAUGAAGUCAAGGGGCGAAUUUUGGACGAUGACACUAUCAUAACCACGUUAGAGAACCUGAAGAAAGAAGCAGCAGAAGUUACACGAAAAGUUGAAGAAACAGAUAUUGUCAUGCAAGAGGUGGAGACCGUCUCUCAGCAGUAUCUCCCACUUUCCACUGCAUGUAGCAGCAUCUACUUCACGAUGGAGUCACUGAAACAGAUACAUUUCCUGUACCAGUACUCGCUCCAGUUUUUCUUGGAUAUCUAUCACAAUGUCUUGUAUGAGAAUCCAAAUUUGAAGGGAGUCACAGACCAUACCCAGCGGCUUUCCAUCAUCACAAAGGAUCUCUUCCAGGUGGCUUUCAAUAGAGUUGCUCGGGGCAUGCUGCAUCAAGACCACAUCACUUUUGCUAUGCUGUUGGCCAGAAUUAAACUGAAAGGCACUACUGGGGAACCUGCUUAUGAUGCAGAAUUCCAGCACUUCCUGAGGGGAAAAGAACUUGUGCUCAGCAACACUCCUCUCCCCAAAAUCAGUGGCCUGACCGUAGAGCAGCUCGAAGCCAUGAUGAGACUGAGUUUCCUUCCUGCCUUCAAAGAUCUUGUUUCUAAAGUUAAAGCCGAUGAUCAGUUCUGCAUUUGGCUUGACAGCAGUUCACCAGAACAAACUGUUCCCUACCUCUGGACAGAAGACAAGCCUGCAACGACCAUUGGGCAGGCCGUUCAUCGUUUACUUCUGAUCCAAGCUUUCCGUCCCGAUCGUUUGUUGGCAAUGGCACAUCAAUUUGUUUCCACAAAUCUUGGAGAAAACUUCAUGUCUAUUAUGGAGCAACCCUUGGAUCUGGCACAUAUUGUAGAUACAGAGGUGAAACCUAACACUCCUGUGUUGAUGUGUUCUGUUCCUGGCUAUGAUGCCAGUGGACACGUUGAAGACCUCGCUGCAGAGCAAAACACACAGAUAACCUCUAUUGCAAUUGGUUCUGCUGAAGGAUUUAACCAAGCAGAUAAAGCAAUCAACACAGCAGUGAAGUCAGGCAGGUGGGUGAUGCUAAAGAAUGUCCACUUGGCACCUGGAUGGCUAAUGCAACUGGAAAAGAAGUUACAUUCUCUUCAGCCCCAUGCCUGCUUUAGACUUUUCCUUACGAUGGAGAUAACUCCAAAAGUGCCCGUUAAUUUGCUACGUGCUGGAAGGAUUUUUGUGUUUGAACCACCACCCGGUGUAAAAGCCAACAUGCUGAGAACCUUUAGCAGCAUCCCAGUGUCCAGAAUGUGCAAGUCACCAAAUGAACGCGCUCGGCUGUAUUUCCUCCUUGCAUGGUUCCAUGCCAUCAUUCAAGAGCGCCUGCGGUAUGCUCCGCUAGGCUGGUCCAAAAAAUAUGAAUUCGGUGAAUCAGAUCUAAGGUCUGCAUGUGACACUGUGGAUACAUGGUUGGAUGAUACAGCAAAAGGCCGUCAGAACAUCUCACCUGACAAGAUCCCAUGGUCUGCUCUGAAGACCCUUAUGGCUCAGUCCAUUUAUGGAGGCCGUAUUGAUAAUGAAUUUGACCAGCGCUUAUUGAACACGUUCCUGGAACGUCUCUUCACCACUUCUAGCUUUGAUAGCGAAUUCAAAUUGGCUUGCAAGGUUGAUGGGCAUAAAGACAUCCAGAUGCCAGAUGGAAUCAGGCGUGAAGAAUUUGUCCAGUGGGUUGAACUGCUGCCAGAUGCACAAACCCCAUCAUGGCUUGGGUUACCAAACAAUGCUGAGAAGGUUCUCCUCACAACACAAGGGAUUGAUAUGAUCAGCAAAAUGCUAAAGAUGCAGAUGUUGGAGGACGAGGAUGAUUUGGCCUAUGCGGAGACUGAGAAAAAGGCGCGGACGGACUCCACUUCGGACGGGCGCCCAGCCUGGAUGCGCACCUUGCACACAACGGCCUCCAACUGGCUCCAUCUCAUCCCUCAGACCCUGAACCACCUGAAACGAACUGUGGAAAAUAUCAAGGAUCCGUUGUUCAGGUUCUUUGAGAGAGAAGUGAAGAUGGGAGCUAAACUCCUUCAGGACGUCCGUCAGGAUCUUGCAGAUGUAGUCCAAGUGUGCGAAGGAAAGAAGAAACAGACCAAUUACCUGCGAACACUCAUUAAUGAACUAGUGAAAGGUAUCUUGCCUCGUAGCUGGUCUCACUAUACAGUGCCAGCUGGUAUGACAGUCAUACAGUGGGUUUCAGACUUCAGCGAACGCAUUAAACAGCUGCAAAAUAUUUCCCAGGCUGCAGCUUCAGGUGGAGCAAAGGAACUAAAGAACAUUCAUGUGUGCUUGGGAGGCCUGUUUGUCCCUGAGGCCUACAUCACUGCUACAAGGCAAUAUGUGGCUCAAGCCAACAGCUGGUCCCUGGAAGAACUCUGCCUGGAAGUCAAUGUCACAACAACCCAGAAUGCGGUGCUGGAUGCCUGCAGUUUUGGAGUGACAGGUCUGAAGCUUCAAGGGGCAACAUGCAAUAACAACAAGCUGUCCCUUUCCAAUGCCAUCUCAACAGUAUUGCCCAUAACUCAGCUUCGCUGGAUCAAGCAGACAAAUGCUGAUAAGAAGUCGAAUGUGGUGACGCUGCCAGUUUAUCUGAACUUCACUCGUGCGGAUCUGAUCUUCACAGUUGACUUUGAAAUUGCUACUAAGGAAGAUCCUCGUAGCUUCUAUGAACGUGGUGUUGCUGUCCUGUGCACCGAGUAAAAAAGUAACCUCUAACCUGUAACAAAUAGUUAUUCAGAUGUCUUUUGUUAUCUGUAAUCCAAUGUUAGAAAUCUGUGUUGACACUAGAAGGAAUGGUUAAGUUGUCAGGGAGGGCUGUGUGUAGAGAUGACUAAGAUAGAGGUAUUUGAUGGGUAGAGAUGACUAGAACAGAGGUAUUUGUGUAGAGAUGAAAAGUACAGGAGUCAUUGAAAGGUGAAAAGCUGUUGGAAGGAUGUGUUGUUUUUAAAUGGUUCUGAGUUGGUGUACUGAUGUCAAAUGGAUUCUUAAAUAAAACUUUACAGCGUGA